UUUCUUUUUAUUUGGCUAAUUAAAAACGUUAAUUAUAGAGAAUUAAGAUUCGGUGGCUGAUAUAGAAAAUAUUUCCUUUCUCAAUAUCUCGUCGACUCGAUAGAAGCUUCUAUCGUUUCCCUGAAGAAAAAGCUUUAUCGUUGCGUCUCCGAUGGCGUCUCACUGGAUCCCUGAAGAUGACUUUCGUCUCAGAAAAUCCAUCGAGAAUGGAGCUUCUCUAGAGUCUCUAGCUAAAGGAGCAGUCAAGUUCUCUAGGAGAUUUACACUUUCUGAACUAAGAGAUCGAUGGCAUUCUCUUCUAUACAACACUCAUGUCACAUCUCUAUCUUCAUCAGUUGCAUUCGAUCACAUGUACUCGGACCAGUUUCUUCCACAAACUCAUCAUCAAAGAACACCAGUCAGGUCUCACUAUUACACAGCUUGUAAGAGGAGGCGUUUGGAGGAGCUGUAUCCUCUUCCUAGUAACGAUGAUAACGAUGUCAUUAAUGAAGAUAUUGAUCAUGUUGCGUUUGGAGAACACGCGUUUGAAGGCUCUGAGUAUUUCGACAUGGAGUUUGAUGCGGUAGACUUGGCAAUCAUUCAUAAUUCUUUCCCAGGUAUCGAUGAUGAUGAUGGUGGUGGUGGUGGAAUGGUGAAUCAGUUAUUCAACGAUUGUGAUGUUUCAGACACAACAGCAGCAGCGAAAGCAUUAGAACAGUUUUUGCUUCAAGAAGACACUCAAGAUCCUAUGUUGUUUCAAUCCUUAAAUGAGACAACAUCAGUGUCACAUGAUCAAGCAGAGACUUGGUUUGAUCCAGAGUCUUUGCCAAGCCAACCAGAGGGAUACUGUCAUAAUAAUGCUAUGUCAUUGCCUGAUUGGGAUCCACAUCCAGAAGUCGUUAACGGUGUUAUAAUAUGCACACUAAACGAAGAGUCCGAUGAGAUUCCAAAUAACGAUGAUAUUGACUUUACUCAGUACACACAGAAAGCUCGAAACCCCUCAUCAUCACUGAGGAAGCAUAUGCGGCCACCUCCUUAUCCAAACAGAGGCUCAUCAUCACCACAAGCCAGAGGUAGUAAUGACAUGUUCCAAAGUUCUGGUACUGGAGAUAGUGCUGUUACAGAACAAGCAAGUUGUUCUAAUGCAUUCGAGGCUAGCUAUUCAGAGAAAGCGACUUCUAGUUUUACUACAACAACUUCAACACCACAACAACUCUACGAACAGACUUUGAGUGCUGUGUUAAGUGAUCCAAUGUUACAAGAAGAGGAAGACAACAAUGAAAUUGAGAGUGAUGAAGAUUUGCCUUCCUAUUCAGAUGUUGAAGCUAUGAUUCUUAGCAUGGACCUUGAACCGGUUGGUCAAGACCGGUACGAGCUGGAAGCGUCAAGAUAUCGAAACGAGGAAGUGGCGCGGAUGAUAAUGAGAUUAGAGCAGAGCUCUAAGUCUUACAUGAACCGUAAUAUCACUUCCCAUGAAGCUUUUGCUAUGCUAUACGGAAGUUCUAAGCAUUACAUUAAUAAACCUGAGGUGUUACUUGGACGAGCGACUGGAGAAUAUCUAGUGGAUAUCGACUUAGCAAAGUCAGGGUCUUGGAAAAAAGUGUCUAGACGACAGGCUCUAAUCAAGUUGAAGAAAGAUGGAUGUUUUGUAAUCAAGAAUCUUGGGAAGUUUUCGAUAUGGAUAAACGAGAAAGAAGUUCAACAUGGAGAGAUUGUUACUCUCAGGAACAACAGCUUAAUCCAGAUACGAGAAAUGUCGUUCAUAUUCGAGACGAACGAGAAAGCAGUCAAAAGAUAUCUAGAUGGAGUUUUCAAAUGAGAUUAUAUAUGUAUAGCUAUUACUCGUAUUAGUAGACUUUUUUCUUGUUAAAUUAGCAGAGACGUUCUUCAAAAAAAAAAUUAGCAGAGACUAUGUUAAAAUACUUGUAUGAU